AUGCCGUCACUCGAGCUUGUCCCGCAAACAGAGUCCAUCGCCGAGGUCUACGCCACUGAUGAUGCCUCCGUAAACUCCGUGGCCCCAGAACACCAAAAGCGCUGGUCUACUCUUAUUCAGCAGUUCAACAAGCAGUACAAUCACCGCCCCGACUUCGUGGCGCGCAGUCCUGGCCGUGUGAACAUUAUCGGCGAACACAUCGACUACUCCCUCUACGAUGUCUUGCCCACCGCCGUGAGCGUCGACGUGAUCAUGGCCGUCAAGGUCAUGCCCGCCGGUACCUCCGACUCAACAGUGAAGAUUGCCAACGUUGCGCCAGAGAAGUUCCCUACGCGCGAGUUCAAUGUGCCCCACGACUCGGAUAUCGAGAUCGAUCCAAAGAAGCAUGAAUGGAUCAACUACUUCAAGGCUGGUCUGCUUGGUGCUGCGAAGUUCUUGCGUAAGGAGAAGGCCGAUGACUCGUUCGUCCCUGUGAGUAUGGAGAUCCUUGUGGACGGCAAUGUGCCCCCGGGUGGUGGUAUCUCUAGCAGUGCGGCCUUUGUUUGCGCCAGUGCUCUGGCUGUCAUGAAGGCCAACGAUCAUAACGUAACGAAGCAGGAUCUUCUGGACCUGGCCGUGGUCUCGGAGCGCGCCGUUGGUGUGUACUCGGGAGGUAUGGACCAGGCCGCCUCCAUUUUCUCGAAGCGUGGCUUCCUUCUGUACACACAAUUCUUCCCACAGUUCCACGCCCAGCACGUUCCCAUCCCCAAGGCCACCAACGAGAUCACCUUCCUCAUGGCCCAGAGCUUCGUCACCUCCAACAAGGCUGAGACCGCGCCCAAGCACUACAACCUACGUGUGGCGGAGUGCACACUCGCGGCCUCGAUUUUGGCCAAGAGCUUCGAUCUGACUCUCCCCAAGGACAACAGCUCCUUAGGAUACAGCCUGCGCAACUUCCAGAACCAGCUGAUGACCAAGGAAGAGCGCUUGCACGACCCUCUUGAGUACCAGAUCGACUCUGUCAUCCAAGCAGUUCAGGACAUCCUGACCAAGGAAGAGGGCUACACACGCGAAGAGAUGGCUCAGAUGCUGGGCAUCACCGCCCCCGAGCUCGAGUCCAAGUUCCUUUCUUCAUUCCCCGUGCAAGCGGAGCGCUUCCUGCUGCGCCAGCGUGCUUUGCAUUGCUUCAAGGAGGCCCGCCGCGUGCUGGACUUCAAGGCGUGUUUGGUUAAUGCUUCUCAGCUUGAUGAGAAGCGCAUCCAGUACCUGGGCCAGCUGCUCAACGAGUCGCAAGAGUCAUGCCGCACACAAUAUGAGUGCAGCGCGCCAGAGGUGGACGAAAUUUGUGCUAUCGCUCGCCGUGCUGGUACCUGGGGUAGUCGCUUGACUGGUGCUGGAUGGGGUGGAUGCACUGUCCACAUGCUGCCUCAAAGUAAAGUUGAAGCUGUGACGAAUGCUCUGAAGAAUGAGUACUACCUCAAGAAAUUCCCUGAUAUCAGCGCCGAGAAGUUGGAGCAGGCUAUGGUCAUUAGCAAGCCGUCAAAUGGCUCUUUUGUUGUUGCGGGAGCUGCUAUUGACCAGAUUCCUCUGUGA